AUGGCCAAGCCGAUUGCAAUCAUCGCCGGAGCCGGUCCCGGCACGGGCGCCGCCAUUGCCCGCCGAUUCGCCCGGGCGUACCCGGUCGUGCUGCUCUCCCGAUCGCAGGGAUCACUCGAUCCCCUAGUCGCCGAGAUUGAAAAGGUCAACGGCGGCGGCUCGGCCGUCGGCAUCCCGACCGACGUCACCGACAAGGCCAGCAUGGCGUCUGCCAUGGACAAGGUCCGCGAGCGCUUCGGCGGCGGCGACGAGCUCGUCGUGGCGGCGGCCGUGUACAAUGUCGCGAGCAAGUUUACCCGCAGGCCGUUUCUGGAGCAGAGCGAGGCGGAGUUUAUGAACAGCCUGGAGCCGUCCAUCAAGGGCGCGUACAACUUUGCGCAGGCGACGCUGCCGCUGAUGAAGGGGCAGGAGAAGCAGCAGUACCCGCCGACUCUAAUCUUUACAGGCGCCACGGCUUCGGUCAAGGGCGGCUCCGGGCUGGCCGCGUUUGCGAUGAGCAAGUUUGGCAUCCGCGCCAUGGCGCAGUCUCUGGCGCGCGAGUUUGGGCCCCAGGGCGUGCAUGUCAGCCAUGUCAUCAUGGACGGCGUCAUUGAUACCGAAAAGACAAAGACAAAGGAGUACAGCAAGGACAUUCCGGAUUCCAAAAUCGACCCAGCCGGGAUUGCCGAGUCGUAUUGGUUUCUGCACACGCAACCUCGCGCUGCCUUUACGCACGAAAUCGACAUCAGGCCGUACGUGGAGAAAUGGUAA